CUAUUUGAAAGCAGCCCGGUUGUUUACCUGCACGGUUUCUCGUGUCAGUGCAUCUGGUCGGUUGUUGUUGUCGGUGAAUCUGAGCAAGUCCCUGUCUGUAGUUCCUACCGUCAGUACCAUGUCGUCAGUGGAGCUCCGAGCUGCGCUGCCCGCCGCGGACAACCCGCUGAAGACGGGUAAACCCUCAGCAGCAGUGAGGCCCCGGAGGAGAGGGGCCCUCGGGGAGAUCACCAACUUCCCCGGGGACAACGUCACCACGAAGAGGAUGGGAGCAGCCAAAGCCUCCUGUGCCCUGAAGGCCAAACCUGCCGUGGUCCGGCCGGCUCCUCUGGUUCAGGUGCCUGCACACCCUGCCCCCCCCCCAGCUCCAGAGGACCCGGCGGACGUGUCCAUGAAGGACGUGCAGGAGCUCUGCCAAUCCUUCUCCGAGCAGCUGCUCUCCGUGCAGGACGUGGACGAGCAGGACGCAGAUCAGCCGCAGCUCUGCUCACAAUACGUCAAAGACAUCUACAAGUACCUGCACGUCCUGGAGGUGGAGCAGGCGGUCCAGGCGAACUACAUGCAGGGCUAUGAGAUCACUGAGCGCAUGCGUGCUCUGCUCAUCGACUGGCUGGUCCAGGUCCACACCCGGUUCCAGCUGCUGCAGGAGACUCUGUACCUCACUGUCGCCGUCCUGGAUCGGUUUCUGCAGGUCCAGCCCGUCUCUCGCAGGAAGCUGCAGCUCGUGGGCGUGACCUCCAUGCUGGUGGCCUGUAAAUACGAGGAGAUGUUCGCUCCAGAGGUCGGAGACUUUGCCUACAUCACAGAUAACGCUUUCACAAAGUCUCAGAUCCUGGAGAUGGAGCAGCUGGUUCUGAGGCGCCUGAACUUCCAGCUGGGCCGUCCUCUCCCUCUCCACUUCCUCCGACGGGCGUCCAAGGUGGCGCAGGCGGACGUGGAGGGCCACACUCUGGCCAAGUACCUGAUGGAGCUGACCCUCCUGGACUACGACAUGGUGCACUACCGUCCCUCUGAGGUGGCGGCUGCCGCCCUGUGUCUCUCCCAGCUGCUGCUCGAGGGGCUGACGUGGUCUCCUGCCCAGCAGCUCUACUCCACGUACGACGAGGCCCACCUGAAGCCCGUCAUGCAGCACAUCGCCAAAAACAUAGUGACCGUCAACGAAGGCAAAACGAAGUUCCAGGCCGUGAAGAACAAGUUCUCGAGCAGCAAACUGCUGAAGAUCAGCCUCAUUCCUCAGCUGAAGUCAUCCACCAUCAAGACCUUGGCCGCUCCGCUGCUCAACCCUUGAGGACAGCGUGCACUUUAUUUUAGUUUCAUUGUUUCAGAUUUUAAUAAAAUGUUUUUAAAAUUUUUUUUUUUAACAGCAUCGUUUGUUUAGAGUUUUUGAAGCUUCUCCGACGGUUGGUUGUUUUCUUCAUCGUGUGAAGUUGAGGUUCUGAGAUGAUCCCGGACUUCAGGAAACUGUCUCUGAACCAUCUGGAGGACGUGUCCAGCCUGAGGACGUCUCCCUGCUCGGUACGGGUUGUCUCCUCCGGAUGUUUGUGGCCUGAACGUUUCUUCACUCAGCGUCUCUGGAAGCCGACUGCCUUUAUUUCUCCAGGAUGACUUUGGACUGAGCAGGAAUCUGGAGCUUCAUGUUUCUACCUCAGAGUCCAGAGAAGACCUUUCCUGACUGGACCGUGGUCUGUCCAAAGCCAGAAGAUGUCUUCUUCAAUUUGUGCAAUAUCAUUCUCUUGUUGAAAUAAAUCUUAAUUU